GGAGGUCCAAAUGUCGGUUGGUUGGUGAGUGUGUGGGGUUUCAGUCUUAGAGCGUCGAAGCGGAGCGCUGUUUCUUCUCCUGUCACAAACUACCGGCCCUGACGUGGACUUUUAAAGAUCACACACAUUAACAACCCGACGAUCAUGAGCAACAAUUACAGCCUGUCCCUGAUCGGACCCUCUCCCUGGGGAUUCAGACUGCAGGGGGGCAAGGACUUUAGCAUGCCUCUGACCAUCUCCAGACUGACUGAUGGAGGGAAGGCGGCUAAAGCUAAGAUCAGCGUGGGAGACGUGGUGCUGUCCAUCGACGGCGUGAGCACAGACAGCAUGACCCAUCUAGAGGCUCAGAACAAGAUAAAAGCCUGCACUGGCAACCUGAACCUUACUCUGCAAAGAGCAUCCAGUGUUCCAAAAGCUGAAGUGCCUAAGGACGAGCCUCCAGAGAUCGUUAAGCCAGUGCCCAUUAGCCACCCGCCUGCGCCCGCUUCCAGUGCUGCCCCUAGCAACCCUGCCCCAAGCAUCGCCUACAACAAGACGGCACGUCCCUUCGGAGCUUCACCCACCCUAAGAUCUGUCAGUCCAUCAACCACCCCGGCUGCACCCAAAGCCUCCAUCCCUUCUGCUUCUUCAGCUUUCACCCCUGCUGCGCCCUCCCAGCUGCCUCCACAGGCCCAUCAACCACCCUUCCCAUUGGCCAGCAGCUCCUCCGCUCGCACAGUCACCUCCUCUAACCCUUCUACUAACCCCACUCCCAGAUCUGCCCCCAAUCUCUCCCCCUUUCCUCAAUCCUCGUCCGCCUCGUCCUCUGGCUCGUCUUCGCCGGCCAGAGUGACAGGCUCCGGCCCUUCAUCUGCUCCCGUUGUCCCACAGCCCUCUGUCUAUAACACACCAAUCAACCUGUACUCCAAUGACAACGCAUGCGAGGUGGCCUUGGGUCAGAGGCGGGGUCUGCUAGACAAACUGGACCAUCAGAAUGGAGUACCCAGAAAGCCCGUCAUUGACACAGAGCUGGUGGUGAACCAUGCCUCUCACAUGAGCGACGCUAGUAAAAAGCGAUUGAUCGAGGACACAGAAGACUGGCGUCCUCGCACCGGAACCUCACAGUCACGCUCCUUCCGCAUCCUGGCACAGAUCACAGGCACAGAGAACGCAGAGCAAGCCCGUGAGAGCAGCCCCGGAAAGAAUGAGCCUGUAGAAGACGUUCAUGCCACAUCAUCUGUCAAAACCAUGACCAAGACCUCACGCCCCGGAAACGGUGUCCUUCCACCAGUUACCAAGAACUGGCAGUCUGGAAACACUGCAGGACUUCCCAAAGCAGGUGCGCCAGCACCACAAACAGGUCGGGUGACUGUCAGCAAUGUUCCGAAGGGUCCAGACCGCCCAGCACCCCAAGCCCACCCCAAGGACCAGGACUCAUUGGUGCAGAGAGCGGAACACAUCCCUGCUGGAACGCGCACGCCCAUGUGUGCCCAGUGCGACAUGGUCAUCAGGGGUCCAUUUUUGGUGGCUAUGGGGAAGUCAUGGCACCCAGAGGAGUUUAACUGUGCUCACUGUCGUACCACUCUGGUUGAAGUGGGCUUUGUGGAAGAGCAUGAUACUGUUUACUGUGCGCACUGUUACGAGGAAUUCUUCGCCCCUAGCUGCUGUCGCUGCCAGCAGAAGAUCCUCGGGGAAGUCAUUAAUGCUCUGAAGCAAACCUGGCAUGUGUAUUGCUUCCUGUGCACCUCUUGCCAGCAGCCCAUCCGCAACAACACCUUCCACCUUGAGGACGGACAGCCCUACUGCGAGAGAGAUUAUUACGCUCUUUUCGGGACCAACUGCAAUGGAUGUGACUUCCCUAUUGAGGCUGGGGACAAAUUUCUGGAGGCCCUGGGCUUCACCUGGCAUGACACCUGCUUUGUUUGUUCAGUGUGCAGCACCAGUCUAGAGGGCCAGACCUUUUUCUCCAAAAAAGACAAGCCUCUAUGCAAGAAGCACGCACACGCCGUCAAAAUGUGAGCCCCUUUCUGAGUCUGUCAGAGGACAAGAACAUGAAAACAGCACAGAAGCUCGAGCACCUCUUGUUCUUAGUGUUUGUUAUAUACAGUAUAUGAGAGAUGAGUGAUUUAUAAGGUGUUAAUAACGUCAGUAAUAAAGAUGGUCACUAGGA